AUGACCAGACCGGAAUAUAUGUUGGAGUAUUGUUGGAAUGAAUUCACGGAGGACAUUGCGUACAGACUGCAACAUUGUCGUACCAAUUUAGGUCCAAAUGUGUCCGACGAUACUCUGAGAAACUAUGCUUUGAUCGAAAUAGAAAACAUAUUACAAAGCAAUAACAAAAGCUUGAGUAACUUUCCCCCAAUGCCGAUCCCGAUUAGGUCGAUGGCGGACGUCACGGUAAAUGGAUUGGUUCUCGACGAGUUGGACUAUAACGUUGAUGCGAUGCGUGAAGAACUUAAGAAAUACCUUUCAUUCAUUUCCUAUGACCAGAAAAAAGUGUUCGAUGAUAUCAUGGAGGUUGUUAUAAAUGACAGAGGUGGACUGUUCUUUCUUUAUGUGCAUGGAGGAACGAGAUUGAAUUUCAUAUGGAAAACUUUAUCGACUCAUAUCCGUUCAAAAGGCAAAACAGUUAUAAAUGUUGCUUAUAGUGUCAUUGCUUCGCUUCUACUUCCCGGUGGCAGAACCGUGCAUUCGAAAUUUGGACUGCCAAUAAUUGUACAUGAGAGCUUAACAUGCAACAUCAAACCACAAAGUCCACAUGCAUAA